AUGAAGGCCUUCUUUUGGAGACGUUUUAAUUUUUGGUUGACAGUGCCAUUAUCUAGUAGUAACAUACAUUGUGAAUUGCCUGUAUGUACUUCUAGUAGUAACUUUUGAAGUUGCACGCUUGUUAAUUUCCUCACAUGAUAUGCUUUUUUAGACCUUAGCGCUAAAUUCAAUUAAUCAGACCCUUAAACACAAUAACACUCAUCAUCAAAUUUAAAAGAAAAAAUUGUAGCAUGCAUCAACAACCUAGUUCAUGGGUUUUAUAGCAUACUUACUGGAAACACAUUUAUUAUCAUCUGCAAGCAACAAUCAUUUUUCCAUUAUAAAACUUCACCUAUUUAGUUAUCUAGUAUGUUUUAUAAAAACAUGAUCUUAUAUAAUUCCCCAUCAUUAUAUUUUGUAUUAUCAUGCCCAAUUAGUCACUUAUAUAUGUUUAUGUCAUGUUCCUCAUGCCAUUAGUCACUUAUAUCCACAAAAUUUGUAAAUUUUCAUGCCAUUUGAGUUGUGCUCCUUUAUAUGUUCAUGUCAUGUUCCUCAUGUUUUUAUUAUAAUAUCAAUAUCACCCGCAUGCAGAAAUGAUUGAGCAUAUUUAAUGACACGUAGACAUGAAUCUCAUAAUCUAGGCUCUUUAUCACACUGUGUUCGAACAUAGAUAAAUCAAAUACAUCAUAUGCAUGUAUUUUUGCACAAUUUUGGUCAUGCAGAUCGAUCAAAGGUCUUGAGAAACUUCUCAUUUGUUGAGAGUAUGAAAGAGUUUUAGAAAUUGUGGACUAAAUUGUAAUAUGGUAUUUUCUGUCGUAAUAUAAACAAAGAUCUCAUCUGGCUUAAUGCAAACCUCUUGACCACACCCUAUAUUAUAUCCUUUAAACAUUGUAUGGGGUACCUAAUUAUCGUUAGUUUAAGCCCCGAUACAAAUAUCUAGAUGCAUCAAUGUUCUGAAGACAUUAGACAUUCACUAGAGAAGGAAAUUUUUAUGAGAGGAAAUGUGAAUACUCUAUAAAUAGGGCUUUAAUACAAGCAAGCUUAUUAAUAUAAUAUGCUAACAUUAGAGCAUAAUAAUUGUAUUAUUGCAAUUAUUUAAAUUAGCAUGUCUUGAUGCUUUUACAAGAUAAUUCAUAUUGCAAGUUUGACGUAAAAGGAUUCGUUCAGCGCACAAUUCAAUUUUGUAUCAAGAUUAUGGUUAUAUUUUUAAAAAAUAAAAUUAAUGCUACAACCAUUCGGAUGUCAUACAGGAACUUCAAAGUUCUUAUUCUGACAAAUUUUUGGGGCCCGGGCUUCGACAUCAGACAGAUAGAGUCAGAAGGAAAACACGGGGGGAAGCACUGGAGGGGAGGGGUCCUUUUACCUCCAACCAGAUCCAUCGAUCACGGGAGGGGAGAGCCAUCCUCUUCUUCCUCCGCCAAAGUCGAGAACUUCGUCACGAUGGUUUCAUCUUCCCAAUGAGAACCUCUUCACUGUUCAUUCCGGGACCGAAAGUUGUGGCGCCCCCGGCACAUCCUGCCAGGCAGUGGAUACUUCACAAGGACGAGGGGACGCCACUGCGGGGGGGGGUGGGGGGGGUGGCCGACGGGGGCGUAAGCUUCUGUCUCGGCAUGAACGGUGCAGCUGGCUUCUCUUCGAAAUGCAGAGGGCUCUGGGGUUAUCUCUCCCGCUUAAACAACAGGCUGGUAUUAGCUUCAUGAUAGGAUCGGAUGGUUUCCUAUCUCUGCUUCCUUUUAAGAGCGAUUAGAGUCGGCUUCGAGAUAGGAGGAUAAUGGCUUCGAGAUGGGAUGAAGUGUGCCUCUAACCAGGGGAAGAAAUCACGGGCUAUGGACACGAGAGACAAAUUAUGAGGAAAGGAACCGAUAUCGAACUGAUCAGAAUCGGGAGGCGCUGCGUCCGCUAACGUAGUCUCGUCGGGAUUCGCUAAUUUAAAACAAAGUCUUUGCCUGAGGUUUCGAUUAUCCUUCCGGUAGAUAUCUAUGGGGAGCAAGUUUUCCCAAACAGUUUCGACCCAAGAACUGAUUUUUUGAAUCGAUUUUUUUAAUUAGAAUGCAAGGGGGCAAUCUACCUUCAGAGAGUUCAUUCUCCUAGAUAAGAUGAACAUGUAUAAAAUUGGCUUGUCUGAGCCUAGAGCUAUAAUUUGUUGUUGAUAUAGAUCUGAUCAGUUACUUGGGUCUUAGAAUUCUUAGGAAUAGCACGGUUAUCAGCCAUUCUGCACUUUAUAGUAGACUAGGAACAUUUUCGGAUAGAGUAGAGGAAGAAUUAUGUUCCAGUUAAUCAAGGGAGCAUCAUGGUUGAUGAGGCAUGUCCUGAUGACAUUAUUCGAAGCUUCUCAAUCUCUCUCUAUCUGUUUAUAGGAGCUUCCCUCUGGCUAUGUUUUGAUGCUACGCUCUCUAUCCAUCCAUUUCCCUCUCUUUCUAUGAGAUCCUCACUCUCUCUCAGACAGCUUCUCUCAAAGAGGCCCCUUGGAUUCCACAGCAGACAUCUUGCCAGGCGAUGUGCCGUCUGGAAAAACCUAGAGAGAAGGCAACUCAAAGUCCGUGA